AGUCCAAAGAGUCCACAGCCCACACUCACUCUCCUCACCCCCCCCCCCUCGGCCCUGGACUCCCUCCUCCAAAUCUCCCCUAAAAGCUUCCCAAUUUGGCGAGAAUUCCCCAUAUAUUUGCCCCAUCUCGGCGUCCCAACGAGCCCUUCCAGAUUCCCAGCCGCCUCUCUUCUUGUUAGGGGAUCCGAAAUCUCGGUGGACGAGAGACUUGGUGGUAAGAUUCGCCGGCCAUGGCGGGCGCCGUGCUGGUCGCCAUCGCGGCCUCCAUCGGCAACUUGCUGCAGGGCUGGGAUAAUGCAACCAUUGCAGGUGCGGUACUGUACAUCAAGAAGGAAUUCAACUUGCAGAGCGAGCCCCUUAUCGAAGGCCUGAUCGUGGCCAUGUCGCUCAUUGGGGCGACGAUCAUCACGACGUUCUCUGGAGCAGUGGCUGAUUCUUUUGGUAGGCGGCCCAUGCUGAUCGCGUCGGCUGUCCUCUACUUUGUUAGUGGGCUAGUGAUGCUUUGGGCGCCAAAUGUGUAUGUGUUGCUCUUGGCGAGGCUCAUUGACGGGUUCGGGAUCGGUUUGGCUGUCACGCUUGUACCAUUGUACAUCUCUGAGACUGCCCCGACGGACAUCAGAGGACUGCUAAACACGCUGCCGCAGUUCAGUGGGUCUGGAGGGAUGUUCCUUUCAUACUGCAUGGUAUUUGGCAUGUCCCUCAUGCCACAGCCAGAUUGGAGGAUCAUGCUUGGCGUUCUAUCAAUACCAUCACUUAUAUACUUUGCAUUGACCAUCUUUUACUUACCUGAAUCGCCGAGGUGGCUCGUGAGCAAAGGAAGAAUGGCUGAGGCCAAGCGUGUGUUGCAAGGCCUGCGUGGAAGAGAAGAUGUUUCAGGAGAAAUGGCCCUUCUCGUUGAAGGUCUGGGGGUUGGGAAAGACACAAAAAUUGAGGAAUACAUAAUUGGACCUGAUGAUGAGCUUGCUGAUGAAGGGCUGGCUCCAGAUCCAGAGAAGAUCAAACUGUAUGGUCCUGAAGAAGGCUUAUCGUGGGUUGCCCGUCCUGUUCACGGGCAAAGUGCACUUGGAAGUGCAUUAGGUCUCAUCUCUCGUCAUGGUAGUAUGGUCAGUCAGGGUAAGCCCCUUGUGGAUCCUGUUGUCACCCUUUUUGGAAGUGUCCAUGAGAAGAUGCCUGAGAUAAUGGGAAGCAUGCGGAGCACAUUGUUUCCUAACUUUGGCAGCAUGUUUAGUGUGGCGGAACAGCAGCAAGCUAAAGGUGAUUGGGAUGCUGAGAGUCAACGGGAGGGUGAAGAUUAUGGAUCAGACCAUGGUGGGGAUGACAUUGAAGAUAGCCUCCAAAGCCCACUUAUUUCUCGUCAAGCGACAAGCGUGGAAGGAAAGGAGAUCGCUGCACCUCAUGGCAGUAUAAUGGGUGCUGUGGGAAGAAGUAGUAGUCUCAUGCAGGGCGGGGAGGCAGUAAGCAGCAUGGGCAUUGGUGGGGGAUGGCAGUUGGCUUGGAAAUGGACUGAGAGAGAAGGUGCAGAUGGCGAAAAAGAAGGUGGCUUCCAACGUAUCUACUUGCAUGAAGAGGGUGUGACAGGUGAUCGCAGGGGCUCUAUACUGUCAUUGCCUGGAGGUGAUGUUCCUCCUGGUGGUGAGUUCGUCCAGGCAGCUGCUCUUGUCAGCCAACCUGCUCUUUACUCUAAGGAAUUGAUGGAGCAACGCCUUGCUGGCCCUGCUAUGGUGCAUCCAUCUCAGGCAGUUGCUAAAGGUCCAAAAUGGGCAGACUUAUUCGAACCUGGAGUGAAGCAUGCUCUGUUUGUUGGCAUAGGGAUACAAAUCCUGCAACAGUUUGCUGGCAUUAAUGGAGUUCUGUACUACACUCCACAAAUUCUUGAGCAAGCUGGUGUUGGUGUUCUUCUUGCAAACAUUGGACUUAGCUCCUCAUCUGCAUCUAUUCUUAUUAGCGGACUGACAACCUUGCUGAUGCUUCCCAGCAUUGGUAUUGCUAUGAGGCUCAUGGAUAUGUCUGGAAGAAGGUUUCUUCUCCUUGCAACAAUCCCUAUCCUGAUAGUAGCACUAGCUAUCUUGAUUCUGGUCAAUAUUCUGGAUGUGGGGACCAUGGUUCAUGCCUCACUGUCCACAGUCAGUGUCAUACUCUACUUCUGCUUCUUUGUCAUGGGGUUCGGGCCUAUUCCAAACAUUCUCUGUGCAGAGAUUUUCCCGACCACCGUUCGUGGCAUCUGCAUAGCCAUCUGUGCCCUAACAUUCUGGAUCGGUGAUAUCAUUGUGACAUACACCCUCCCCGUGAUGCUCAACGCCAUUGGACUCGCUGGAGUGUUUGGAAUCUACGCAGUGGUCUGCAUACUGGCUUUCCUGUUUGUCUUCAUGAAGGUGCCGGAGACAAAGGGCAUGCCUCUUGAAGUCAUCACCGAGUUCUUCUCUGUCGGAGCAAAGCAGGCCAAGGAGACUAGUUGCUCGGAUCAAGUGAUCAAUCAGAUUGCUGGUGGUAAUUUUGUUGCUUCCAAAUCGCGCUGCGGGUUAAACCUGUGAUGGAUGCUUUGUUAAAGAAUCUUGGAAGAGAUCAAAAUGCAGUGAGCCUAAAGAGAUGAUUUGGCUGUACAUCAUGAGGCUGAAUCCUGUCGUAGACUGGAUUUUGGAGCUUAGGAUAUGUAGAUCAUCUGUUCCUUUUGGUUUGGUCAUUUUCCAUUUGUGUUUCUUUGGAAUUCUUCUCCCUGUAACUAGUGGUCUAUCACAGUUGUGUUACUGGUUUUGCCUUACUCUUGAGUUUGUUUUCUUCUCUCGGUUGUGAGUUCUGAAUAUUAGCAUAGCCGAGUACUAGUUCUGAAUUGGUUUCCUCUCUGCUGAACAUCUUUCAUUGA